AUGGAGAGGAGGGGAGUGACGAGAGAAAAACGAAUACAAAUCUGCAAUUGAUUUUCAUAAUGUUUCUGCGGUGUUUGCAAACCAAUCGCCUGAACGUCCCCGAUCUUACCUAAGAGAGAACCCCUCCUACGUCUGCGAAGCGCUCCGAACUGAUAUAUGACAAUAUCUACUUUGGAUCACGUGCUCGGGGAGAGAGACUAAGACGGAUAACGCGUCAUCUCGCCUUCCCAAAAUUUCCCCCCUCGCUAGACCGGGUCCAAAACCUCCAUCCGGAGCAGGCAGGAGAAGAGAACGAUGUUUAACUCGGUCAACCUGGGCAACUUCUGCUCGCCUUCGCGCAAGGAGAGGGGUGCUGACUUCGGCGAGCGAGGGAGCUGCGCCUCCAACCUCUAUCUGCCCAGUUGCACUUACUACGUGCCAGAGUUCUCCACCGUCUCCUCCUUCCUGCCCCAGGCCCCCUCUCGUCAGAUCUCCUAUCCCUACUCAGCCCAGGUGCCCCCAGUCCGGGAGGUCUCCUAUGGCCUGGAGCCGUCCGGCAAGUGGCACCAUCGGAACAGCUACUCGUCUUGCUAUGCGGCGGCCGACGAGCUUAUGCACCGGGAGUGCCUGCCUCCUUCCACAGUCACUGAGAUCCUCAUGAAAAGUGAAGGCUCCUACGGCGGCCACCACCACCCCAGCGCCCCGCACGCCGCCCCCGCAGGCUUCUACUCCUCAGUCAACAAGAACAGCGUCUUGCCCCAAGCCUUCGACCGCUUCUUCGACAACGCCUACUGCGGUGGCGGAGACGCGCCCGCCGAGCCCCCCUGUUCCGGCAAGGGCGAGGCCAAGGGGGAGCCUGAGGCGCCCCCGGCCUCGGGACUAGCGUCCCGGGCAGAGGCCGGUGCUGAGGCCGAGGCCGAGGAGGAGAACACGAAUCCCAGCUCGUCUGGUUCUGCCCACUCAGCGACCAAGGAGCCGGCCAAGGGAGCCGCCCCCAACGCCCCCCGCACCCGCAAGAAGCGCUGCCCUUAUUCGAAAUUCCAGAUCCGGGAACUGGAGCGAGAGUUUUUCUUCAACGUGUACAUCAACAAAGAGAAGCGGCUGCAGCUGUCCCGGAUGCUGAACCUGACUGACCGACAAGUGAAAAUUUGGUUUCAGAACAGAAGGAUGAAAGAAAAAAAACUGAGCAGAGACCGGCUGCAGUAUUUUUCAGGAAAUCCGCUGCUGUAACUGCAGACC